CCAACAAUCAUUCACGAAGAAGAGGAGGGCGGAAGUGUGAAGGGAAACAUGGCGGCACCCCAGGUCAGCACACUUGGGACGAAUUCGCUUAAGUCACGGAAACUUCCUCAGUGUUAGGACUGACAUUGUGGACACAUGGUAUCUUGAACUGAAGAAACAGCUGAUGUUAGUAUGUGGACGAGCGGUAAAAUAGCAGGAGCUACUCUGAAAACCCUCAGCUCUUUCCAGCACUGCUGUAUACCGACGGUGUUGCGAAGGGGUACUGAUGGGCGGCAACAGCGGCUCUGUAGAUUGAUGUCAUCUUCAGGACCCCCGUGGAGGCUCUUGUUCUUCGGCUCUGAUCAGUUUGCUGUGGAGUCUCUAAAGCUGCUCACAUCCAGCAGGAAUUCCAGUGAAGAGCUAGUUAAGUCGCUUGAAGUUGUUACUUUGUCUAGUGAUGUCCCAGUGAAGAGGUUUGCUCAACAGAACCACCUUCCAGUCCACAGCUGGCCCCCUGACAAUGUGGAUGGGCAGUUUGAUGUUGGGGUGGUGGUGUCCUUUGGCUGUUUACUCCCUGAGAGACUAAUCAACAAGUUUCCAUUUGGGAUAUUGAACGUUCACCCCAGCCUGCUGCCAAGGUGGCGAGGUCCAGCACCCAUCGUCCACACUAUUUUGCAUGGUGACACUGUGACAGGAGUCACCAUCAUUCAGAUCCGGCCUCACAGGUUUGAUGUGGGCCCCAUUCUCAACCAGGAGCUCCAUCCGGUCCCUGAGAACUGUACUGCUGAUGAGCUGGGAGCUGCCCUAGCCACUAAGGGAGCACACCUGCUGAUUAAUACGUUGAGGACUCUGUCGGAGAGAAUGGCACAAAAAAGGGAGCAAAGCAAGACAGGUGCAACAUUUGCCCCAAAACUCAAUACGUCUUUGAGCUGGGUGGUGUGGGAAGAACAGACUUGUGACCAAAUCGAUCGUCUGUAUCGUGCCAUUAGAUUCCGGACACCUUUGAGGACCACAUGGAUGGGACAGACAAUAAAACUUAUGGAUUUUGUAGGAAAAUGUCACAUUUCAUCAGCAGAUCAAAAGAGGAAACCUGUCCCUGGCUCUGUGACCUAUCUGAAGGAGUCCAAUACUUUGGCUGUCUGUUGUAAGGAUGGCUGGGUGGGAUUCAAGGCAGUGCUCCUGAAUAAAAGACUGACAGCUGCUGACUUCUAUAAUGGCUACCUGCAUCAGACACUGCAGAAUAAGACACUGUAUCAGACAGCUGAAUGCCUCUUUGUCAGUAGAAAAGGAGGAACUGCCGCACAUCAGAUAACAGAAAACUCAGUGUUACAACAAUAAUUUUAUCUCUUGAUUUGAAGACUGCAGAGCUGACAUCACAUAAUGGAUUUUACUGCAGUUUUUACUCUUGUCUGUUUUAAGACAUCUGCAUCUACUGUGCAUUUAUUGCAUUAAAUAUAUGUACUGAACAAUAAUAAUAAAUGAAUGUGCUGUCAAUUGACAGAUGCCAGGAACAAUCAUGAAA